AUGGAUCCGCCAAUGAUAACUGCGCUUGCAGCUCUCAUAUUAAUAGAAUUAUUAAAAAAUAAAGUCAAGCGCAAUGUGUUGGUGCAACCAGUGUUAAGUAAUCGUUUAACUUUGGGAAUAUUUCAUUCAAUGUUUAGUGCACACCGCGAUAACCCUCAUAAGUUCUUCUCAUACUACAGAAUGUCUGUGAACUCAUUUAAUGAACUUCUAUCAAUUAUAAGCCAACGUAUCAAGAAACAGGAUACAAAUAUGCGAAGAUCCAUCACACCUGCAGAACGUUUGGCUGUAACUCUCAGGUAA